UUUGUUUAUCAGCCGCCCGCCCGUUUUCACUGAACCUGACAGCCAGCACAGGGUCACCAGACCAUACGGUUUACUCCUUAUUGUAUUGGCUAAUCAAUUAUACAAAUAUAUAUCACAAGUUUUCAGAAUGCAUCCUGUAUCCGUGUCCAUCCCUUCUUUCCGUUCAGAAGAGAGCGGCUCGGAAAAAUGCUACACGGUUUUUAAGAUCGAGGUGUUGACGAGCGGGCGGCAGCACACCGUGGAGAAGCGCUACAGCGAGUUCCAUGCUCUGCACAAAAUGUUAAAGAAAAUCAUUAAACCUCCAGAGCUUCCAUCAAAGCAUGUGAGGAACUGGAUCCCUAAAGUUCUGGAGCAGAGAAGACACGGUCUGGAGUUUUACCUUCAGACUAUAAUCAUGGAAAAUGAGGUCCUUCCUAAAAUAUUCCUGGAUUUUCUCAAUAUCCGCCAUCUCCCGUCCCUGCCAAAGGCCGAGAGUUGUGGGUCCUUAGAAACUGAAUCCGAGGACUCAUGUAAACUGACACAUCAGCCUGUUCUCCUCUUCCUGAGGGACCCCUAUCUGCUUCCUGCCACUAAUGACACUAUGUCGAACGUCAUCACUGAAGGCGUGAUUCAUGGAAUAUUCUACCCGGACCUGCAGCCGAGGUAGACCAGGGCGCUCUCCAGUCAAAAUAUACAACCUCAUUUGGUUUCAUGGACAAAGAGGCAUUUAUACUCUAAUCAUUUACACAAACACUACAAGAACCUACUCAUGAAGUCCAAACUCUGUUUUGUUUUUUCAAAUCCAUGUAAGGCAUUGUGAAUUUACAGAGCAUCAGCAACUUUAAUCGUCGUCUUUUUUCAUUCAAGAAAAAACAAACUGAUGUAAUUGUG